AUGCAAUCCAUCGCCAUUGGCGGCAAAAGCUACGACAAACUAGCUGAUGGAGAGUACGACGCCGUCGUCUUGGGUACCGGCCUCACCGAGUGCAUGCUUUCCGGAAUUCUCAGCGUCGCCGGCCUUCGCGUCCUCCACUGCGAUCGCAAUGACUAUUACGGUGCCUCAUGCGCCAGUCUCAACAUCCAACAAAUGUUCGAAAAGUACAAAGCCGGGGAGACACCAAACGAACAAUUCCUUGGCAAGAACCGCGACUACAACAUUGACUUGAUUCCCAAAUUCAUCAUGGCAGGUGGCACCAUGGUUGAUAUGCUCGUCCACACGGGUGUCACCCGUUAUCUGGAAUUUAAACUUGUCGAUGGCUCGUUCGUCUUCAGCGGCGAUCGUCCACAUAAAGUUCCAGCCACACCAAAAGAAGCUAUGACGUCGAGUCUCAUGGGUCUCUUCGAAAAGAACCGAUGCCGCCAGUUUUUCUCGUACGUCAAUCAUUACGACCCCAACGAACCUUCUACUCACGAUAAGCUCGAUUUGAAAGCGAUGACCAUGGCCGAAUUGUACAAGUACUAUGGUCUCCAGCCAGACACAAUCAGCUUUGUUGGUCAUGCUCUUGCCCUGUAUCGCGAUGAGUCAUACACGACCAGACCGGCAGAGCCUACGGUUUUGCGAAUUCAGUUGUACGCCGCCUCACUUGCCCGCCACGGUCGGUCCCCAUAUCUGUACCCUUUGUACGGCCUAGGCGAACUUCCGCAAGCGUUUGCUCGGCUUGCGGCCGUGCACGGCGGCACAUACAUGCUUCACACUCCUGUCGACGAGAUUCUUCACAAUGAAGCCGGCCACGCCGUCGGCAUCCGGUCAGGUGAUAAGGUUGCCAAAUGCCGAUUCGUCGCUGGGGAUCCGAGUUAUUUUACUGGGAAGACGAUGCAUACAGGACGAGUGGUACGCAAGUAUUGCAUUUUGAAUAGCCCACCGCCGAACACUCGGGAAUCGACUUCAUGCCAAAUUAUCAUCCCGGCAGCGCAAGUCACGCCUCCGCGAAAGAGUGACAUUUAUGUGUUGGUCUUAUCGAACAACCACAAGACCACGCCAGAUGGCAAGUAUCUCGCGUUGGUUUCAACGACCGUGGAAUCGGAAACCCCAGAACAAGAACUAAAACCUGGAACCGAUCUGUUAGGGCAUAUUGUCGAAUCCUUCGUGGCUGUUGACGAGCUUUACGAGCCGAAGACUGGCGGCAAAGAGGAUUCAUGUUUCAUUACCAGGAGUUACGACGCGACAACACACUUCGAGUCAACGGUAGAAGACGUGUUCGAUGUGUACAAACGCAUAUUUGGAAGUGACUUGGUAUUGGGCAAAGGCCCAGACGCAGCAGGUAGCAGCUCUUAGAAGCGAUAUCCUAUCGGUAGAUGUAUUGAACAGAAUAAAAGCAAUAAAACAGAACAGAAAUGAAAGUCUA